ACUGUACUUUGAUCAAACUUGUGUUCGCUGCUCGUCAAGAGUCAGAGAACUGUGAGACUGGAUCCAGAGGAGAAGUGAACAAACACACAUACAUCAUAUAUAUUGUCAGUGUGACUGACGAGGAGACGCCAUGAAGAGACGAGUUGUUCAACAGACUCCUUCGACUUCCGGAGUGGCUGCAGCUCAGAGGACUGAGCAGAGGAAGGAGGAGUCACUGUCCCGGUGGUGGCUUAAAAGAAGCUUAUUGGUCUUCUUUGUUGUCUUCAUUUUGGUGCCCACCUCGCUGACAAAACUCCCAGAAUUAAUUCAGCACUUUGUUUACACUCAUCGAAUCAGUGUGCCAUUCUUCCUUGACCUCCGCCAACCUGCUGAUCUCUCCCUUAAUCACACCAUCAACAUGUACUUAACAUCAGAGGAGGGAAUCUCCCUCGGCGUAUGGCACACUGUCCCUGAAAGUCGCUGGAAGGAGGCACAGGGGAAGGACUUGGCGUGGUACCAGAACACUUUAAGCGAUGGAAGGCCAGUUUUCCUAUAUCUUCAUGGGAACACGGGCACAAGGGCAGCCUCUCAUCGGGUGGGAGUGGCAAAAAUAUUGAGUGCACUUGGGUACCACGUGCUUGUGCCUGACUACAGAGGGUUUGGAGACUCCACUGGGGAGCCGACUGAGGCCGGACUGACCACUGACGCCCUUUACUUGUACAACUGGGUCAAAGCUCGCAGUGGAAGCAGCCUGGUUGUCUUGUGGGGACACUCUCUUGGCACCGGCGUGGGCACCAACACUGCAGCAAAACUGAUUGAGCAAGGUGUAGUUCUUGACGGUGUCAUCUUGGAGGGUGCAUUUAAUACUGCUGCACAGCCGAUUACAGGCCAUCCAUUUACUUGGUAUUACUGGAAACUUCCAGGCACCGGAUACUUUUUCCCAGAACCAUGGGCAGGAAACAAGGUUGUUUUUCCUAAUGAGGAAAAUUUGAAGAAAAUUAGAAGUCCAAUACUUUUCCUUCAUUCAGAGGACGAUCACAUAGUUCCCAUUCGGAUUGCUCAGCAGUUGUACGAGGUGGCAGUGAGUGCCCAGAAUGCAGAGCGGGUGAAGAUAGUUUCAUUUGAUGGUUCUCAGGGGUACCUGCACAACGGCUUGUACCGAGACCCUCGUGUGCCUGACAUCAUUAAGAACUUUGUGCUGUCGUUGUAAUGUGGGCAAGAUGAUGGAAACAGAAGAACCACGCCACAUUUCAGAUGAUUCAUUUCAAUGUUUGCGUUGAAUAAAAAUACAAUUAUUUCGGCAAAUCAAUAGCUGUAGCUUUUAUUUGUAAAGUUGAAAUUGCUGAGGAGGCAUUAGAUUCUUAACUGCUGGCUUUUUAUUAUCUGUCAACAAUGAUUCAUCCUGACUUAACAGAACUAUGAAUAAUAAUUUUAAUGUGAAUUAUUUUUCAGAUGAGAUGGCUUCAGUGGGGGCCCUCUGCUGGGUGUGUUUGUGUGGUGACAAUGUUCAUCUAUAAUAUGAGAUAAUCAAUUUAUUAAUCCAAGGCUUCACAGGUAUAUACUGUAUAUAUCAGUAACAGCUCAGAAUAAUAGAAAAACAGGAAAACAUCUGACCCCUGACCUGCAUGGUUAUCAUAGGUGUGGUUUCAGUAAAACACCUAAUCUUAGUAUUCUCACUGCUGUCAGUUCAAUAAUAUAUUCAGCAGUUUGUUAUAGUAAAUUGUACCACACCCCCUUUCACUUUGUUCAUCCUGUGAAAUCAAAAUGUCAAGAUGUAUAAGUUUACCUGUGGUAAUUUCACAUUCCUAUGCCUCAAGCUUACAAUAAAAUUGAUAAUCUUGA